AAUUCCUCUCUUUCUUAAGCCAAACCAUACUAGUAUUUAUAACAGAAUUCAAAGACAAUAACCUUAACUACUUACCUCUUAAUUAUUAGCACUUCUUUUGAUCUAGCUAGAUUUUUUUCUCCAAAGAAAUGGGUGAUAGAUUGCGUUUGGCAGUAGGAGUAAUGGGUAAUGUCGCCUCCAUGUUGCUCUAUGCUACACCAACGCUUACUUUUUCUCGAGUUAUGAAGAAGAAAAAUGUUGAAGGAUUUUCAUGUGUACCAUACGUACUAGCAUUGUGCAAUUGUUGUCUCUACACAUGGUAUGGAUUGCCAGUCGUAAGUUAUAGAUGGGAAAAUUUCCCAGUGGUUACUAUUAAUGGAAUAGGGAUUCUUUUGGAGACCUCAUUCAUUCUCAUUUAUUUGUGGUUUUCUUCUGCUAAAGGAAAGAAGGAAGUUGCAAAAACAGUGGUGUCUAUUAUUCUAAUAUGCGUGGCAACAGGGAUUAUAUCAACUUUUGUAUUUCAUGAUCACCACCAUCGUAAGGUUUUUGUGGGGAGCAUUGCAGUUGUUGCUUCAGCUGCUAUGUAUGCUUCCCCUCUUGCUGUUGUGAGACAAGUGAUCAAGACAGAGAGUGUGGAGUUCAUGCCAUUUCACUUGUCAUUGUUCUCUUUUCUUACUAGUUGUCUUUGGUUGUCCUAUGGACUACUCAGCCAUGAUCUCUUUAUAGCGUCUCCAAAUAUGGUGGGAGUACCCCUUUGCAUGCUGCAGCUUAUGCUGUAUUUCAAGUACCGAAAGAACCCCAUAAAGGAAUUAGAACCAGAGAAAUGGCCAGAUUUAGAGUUUAAUGACGACAAACUCAAGCAAGAAUUCCACUUAGAUGAGAAAAAAGAUCAAUCGACACUAGAUGUCACUGAAAAUCUCAGCACCAAGAUUUAAAUGACUCUCCUGGUAAUUUAUUAAGGUUUAGCCUUUCUCGAAUAAUGGAGUAGCACUCAUCACCAACCAUCAGAAAGGAGGACCAAGAAAAGAAGUAAAAAAUGGUGAACCAUAUCGUAUAUAUACAUUGCCUUGUCAGUGUGUAAUCCUUCCUUUAAUUACUUCUCUUGAGGAAUUGGAAGAACUUACUUUGUGCCUGAA